CGGCUCUUGUCGGGGCGCUCUGGUAAACACCAUGUCCGGAAGCAACCCAGCCAGAACUUUUGAUAAUCCUCGAAUCUGACGGGCUAGUCACAUUUAGCACCAAUGAGUCCGGGCGAUCCAGGUCCGGAUGUAAGUGGCUCCGCUGGUACCUUGUUUUUGGCUCUUAACUUUUUAGCAUAUUAGCGUCAGUCAGUAAACUUUUCAUUCAGAUUUGAGGUUUCCUUCAGAAAAUGUCCCAAGGAGACGUUAGAAGCUACUUCUUGCACAGCCUACCAGCACCGGUCAACUGGGAGUUCUGCCGGGUCAUGGAUGGACUGUCAGACCUGGACUGGACCCGCUUUGCUUCAGCGGUCCUUGGAGAUCAAGUCAGCGUGCGGUUAGCUGAGAGGAAGGAGAGGCGGACAGACGAUGUAAUGAGCCAAUGGGGCAACAAGAACGGACGCGUUGGUGAGCUGCUGGACCUGUUGGAGCAUCAGCAGCUUCUCCGCGCGAGAGAUGUGAUCCUUCACUGGGCGACGAAGGCAUCUUCACUUGCUCCUCCUCCUGUUAGCCGAUCUCACUUGGAUCCUCCUCCCAUAUCAGUGGUGGUUCCUCCUCCUCCACUGGCAACCCACAUAAUCAGCACUACUUCUAUCAAUAGAGGAGCAGAAAGAGCACUACCCCGACCAGCCCCGCCACCCUCAAGUUUGCAUUCUGGUCAACCUCGAACCCUCCAGGGUCCUGCAUUGGUGGUGUCUGGCGAUGCCGACUGUGGGGUGAUGUGCUGGUCCUAUGAGGAGGUGCAUGCUGGGACUGAGGGGUUUUCGCCAGCCCUGCAGAUCGGUGAGGGCGGCUUUGGAGUCGUGUACAGAGCGCGCCUAAAGAACACUGACUGUGCAGUCAAGAGACUCAAACAGGACUGCAUGCAGGACUUGAACAUAAAGGAAACCUUCAAUGCUGAAGUGGAAAAACUGUCAAAGUUCAGACACCCAAACAUUGUGGACCUGCUUGGAUUCUGUCAAGGCCCAAGUGUUUGUCUCAUCUAUAGCUACAUGGAAAACCGAUCCCUGGAGGAUCAGCUCCACAGCGUUUCUUCUACUCUCACGUGGCCUGUGAGGGUCCGCAUCGUUCAUGAAGCAUCAGCAGCGUUGCAGUACCUUCACUCUCCUCCAGAUGGACGCAACUCUGUCAUCCAUGGCGAUGUGAAAAGUUCAAACAUCCUUUUGGACCGCCACCUGGUGACAAAGCUCGCUGACUUUGGCUUGGCUCGCUUUGCGUCUCCAAACACAUCGAGCCGUCUGGUGUCCAAGACGACCACAGUGGGUCAAAAGUCCAAGGUGAGGGGAACACUGGCAUACCUGCCAGAGGAGUACUUGAGGAGUGGUCAGCCAAGGACGCCGGUGGAUGUCUACAGCUUUGGUGUGGUGUUGUUGGAGGUACUGACUGGUCGGCGAGCUCUGGAGGCAAACAAGAAGUUGGGAGAUAUUUACCUGAAGGACGUAAUCCAAGAAGUUCAGGAGGGCCCGACUGAUUGUUAUGCAGCGGCCUGGGGUAGACAGCUGGACCGCCGGCUAAUCUCAGGGGACGCCACAGAGCUGGCCGGGAGCAUGCAGAUGGUGGAGCUGGCCUGCGGGUGUCUCAAUGAGAAAUGGAAGAAGAGGCCCACCAUGACUGAGGUGUUUGACAGACUUCAGGACAUCAGUGACCUGGUGAGGAAGAGCGACCUUGUCCCCACUCCUCACUGUGUUUCCCCUGGAUAUCGCCGCUCUUCAGAUGCCAGCGUGGAGGUUCUGGCCCAACAGUUGUCCAAACUGGGACCGCUAGAGGACACCUACCAGCCACCCAUAGGCACCUGCCCACCUCCUCCGCCAUUCACGAGGACCGCCUUCCAUUCUUCCCUCCCUACUUCCUCCCACCCUGUUCACUUCUCCUCUCUACCACCUCACCUAUCCUCCCUCCGUGCUGCGUCUUCCUUCUCCUCACUCCCUCCUCACACAUCUUCUGUUCAUGCACCCUCCUCCUCGUUUGAGAGUCCGUGUGAAACAGAUGAGAGUCGAGGUUUCUCCCAGUAUGACCUUUCUGCUGGGAGCCAGAUCAACUCCAAACUGUCAUCCUUAUCCCCACACACCAGUGAACAGGACCAAAAUCGAACUGGGGCCACAAAAUCCCGGUCCAGAGAACCUUCUGAGGACCAGUACAACCUUCAUGACAGAAUCGGACCUGGUCACCCACACAGGCCCCACAGUGGCCCUCAGAUUGCAGUGAGACCAGGACCAAGUGGAUCAGAAAUUUCCUCUCCUCCAGCUCCUCUCCAGUCACUGUGUCCCCAGACCUCAGAUGCUGUGCGGCCUUGUGAGGAGUUCAGGGGUCCGGAGGAGAGUGAUGAGCUGGAAUAUCUUGCUGCUACAGAGAUCUGACUGUUAGAGAUGGAUUUGGUGUGGUUUGUGAACGAGUACAUUCCUUUUGCUCAGGUCAACUAUUGUCUAUUAUUUUGGAAUAAGACACAAUCCAAGUAUUGAGCCUCCCCACAUGCUGAACCUGGAUUACGUCCGACUCUUGACUAAUUGGGCAUCCUGUUUGGCUCUUUGAAAUCAUAAAAAUUGACCGUGGAAGCUCAAGGAAGAGUGACACUCCAAAUUUCACAGAAAGAUGACAACUGUGACAUUCGUCUUGAUUGACACUGGACAUUCACAGAUUUUAUUGAUGAAUGAUAACAAAUGGGUACAGUAAAGGGUUCAUCCUGUUCCUGUUGUCAAUAGCUUGGAAAACUGUUCACUGCAGUGUACUUUGUACAUACCUAUACAGACUAUAAGUAGUGUGGUACAUUUGAAUGCUAGUAACAUGACCAAAAUUUAAUUCAAUCCCUUGGGGCUCGUGCACUGAGUGACUUCGCCAAACGCAACUGAACUGCCACUGUGUGGUGUUCUACAACAAGUUUUCAUGAGUGGCUGACCAUCAGCCAAUAACUUUGCUACUAUUCAAAAUUUGAAUCGCAGGUGAGUGUAGUUGCAACGUUGGAGAGGUAACGGGCAAUCACAAUUCCAUUUCUUCUUAUAAGUUUCACAACAAAAAUCACAUUUGUGGGUAUGAAGCGAGAUUGUAUAUCGAGAUACUUUUUGUAUUCACAUGGGAAAGUCAUUGUUCCAGUAGUCUACAAUGAAAACAACACAAGGCAAAGUAGCCAUGCCGAAGUACACAUAAAAAUAUUUAAGAGAUGAACAUUUUUAAAUAUUGAGUCGGUAACAUUUUGAAAGACAAGAAAAAUUUCAGGCAUAACUGCAAGUUUUUUUUUUGUUUUGUUUUUUUAAAAUACGGAAAUUUAAAAAAAGGUUGCAAUUCCAGUCUGGUCUUGAAAGUCCAGAAUAAGGCACAUGGUGAUCAGUGUGUGAAAUGUUGACUGUUCGGUACUGGGUCGAGGGAAUGCGACAUUCGAGUUUCCCUCAGGUGCCAUUAAAAAAGUGCAUCCAUGGCUUGGGGCAGGAAGGAUUUCCUCAAUCAGUGGAGUAAGGCAGUGAAUAAUCCUCAGUCACCAGUCGAGCAAGGCAGGGAGUAACAGCCUGUCCCAGAAGCUGCCUGGAGGUUGUGCUGUGCACUGGAAACUGUGGUUUGUCCAUGAUGGACAGAAACUUGUUGGCCAUCUUCCUUUCUACCACAGAUGUCAGUCUCAAUGCCAACAAGAGAGCCUGCUUCAUAUCUUCCUCCUCCAUUUGUCUAGGCAGGAAGCUUCCCUUAUCUGAACUCACUGUGGUUGUGAGUUGCCACUAUAUUUUUAUUUGUAUUUAUUUAAUUUUCAGGAAUUCAUUCGAUGCGAGCAGAUAACUGAUUCAUAAAAAGUUUUCUGUAGUUUUUAAUGCCAUUUAUUCAGGUGUAUCUGUGCUGUUUCGAGGUUGCAUUUAAUGUGUUUUUUGAUGAUCCGAUUACAUGGUUGAAAAAUGUUGCUUCAACCCAUCAUGUCACGAACAUUCGCAGGGUCCAUGUCUGUGAUCUUUUCCAAUCUACUGUACAUGUAAUACUGUAGUCGGAAACUGCUGCUUGGAAGAAAAAUUACACCUGCAGCUCCUACAACGUGCUGUACACAAGAUCAAACAUAAAGGUUGAUAUUGAAUAAUAAUGCAAACCUGUAAUAAUUUUUCAAUAAAUGUUUUUUU